AUGAAGUUUUGUGGUAGUGUCGUUGUUGUUGGUGGUGGUGGUGUUCUUGUUGUUGAUGCGCAUCAUUUCGCGCACUUCACCACUCAACGAUCUUCCACUUCCCUGAAACAUGGACAAUCGGCUGACCGACAGGUGAACGACAUGAACACCAAAAAUAUUCCUCAGGAUCACCCUGCUGCUGUAACAAUAAGAAAACAACGGUGGCAACAACAACGAUAA